CUCACUAUUUGAGGUGGAUCUUUAUUUGGUGCUGCUGUUGCCAUGACCAGCACCAUUGGGAAGACAAGAGUAAAGAUGGUGUACUAACCCCUGCCAACUCCUUUUCUAACUAUGGUUCUCCUAGGAGAGAAGAUUCCCAAUAGCUGUCUUUCCAUCAGUGAGUCCUACCAGAAUGUCCUAGCUACCAUCCUACUCUUGUUGGGGCUCCUUGCCUUACUGGAUAAUGCCAUCAAAAUUGUCCGCCUGAUCUGGAUCUACCUGUGUCAGUUUCUGAAGAGAGACUUCCAUUAUUUCACCACCAAAGCAUACAGAUGGAUCAAGGCACUAAUAGCCAUUUCCUGCAGCAAGAAAUCCAGCGGCCGGAAGAAGCUGGUGCUGACCAAAGGCCAGAGAAAUAUCUCCAUGUUGCACUUCCACUGCACUCUGGAUCCUCUGAGGCUAACCGUGAACAUGAACAACCUAAAUGGGCUGAAAAGCCACUGUCCCCAGGGUCACAGGAAGGACAAAGGUUACCAUGGUUCCUGGCCAACCCAUCAAGACACUGAUGAUGAGAAAGCCAGUUGGUAUGGGCACCAGCAGCAACACCACCAGGUGAACAAUCGGCCUAGCCCAGGUCAACGUUACCGUGACUGGGCGAGCCAGUACAGCUCCCGUCACUCAGACAGUGACAGUCCUCAGCCAGUGUGCCCAGCCGGAUCCACUGUGUCAUCAGUGCGUUUUCACACCAGCUCCCCAGAGCAGGUUGCCAAGACCAGAGGCAGCCUGGCUGACUGGGGCAUUUACAUACACAACCCAAGAGGGGUCACUAGGGAUAAAGAGCUCGGCUUGGACAGUGCAGGAGAAACUACACGACGGCAGAGUUUCCUGCAUCAAUCUGCUGUUCCAAACACAGAGGAACCCAUCAGCCUCCGUUCAGAGUGCUCUGCUGUGCACGUUCACCCCCAUGUCAAUGAGGCACACUUCAUACCCAGCCCAAUCUUCCCAGGCCCUAAGCGGGUAGUGUACUCUGCCCUGGCUCCCACCCCAGAGUCCAGAACCUGUCUCAACAAUGAUUACCACCACUCAGUGACCCAGGCAUAUCAUCAGAGGAGUCCUGAGCACCAUCCUGGGACUGAAUUUCACCACAGCUUGCCACUGGUCCAGCGAGCCGAAGUCUACAUUUAUCUUGUCAACCCACCGCCUCUCGGCCCAGAGCACACCGCUGAACGGUCCACCCACCCCUUUUCAGCAUCUCGCACCAUCUUAGUCAAGGACACAUUGGCAAACCGGGUAUCUGUUGGCCACACCUGGGAAAGUUCCAACCAAGGCCCAACGGGGCAGAUUAUCUGUGACACCCACACACAACGCAAGAGCAUCUGGGAGAGAAAACACCAAGCUAGCACACUGCAGUUGAGCCAAGACUAUGAGACGCUGGCAGGAAGCAGUGAUGGUGCCAACCUGAUCCACAACCCACUUCUCCUGGCAGACACAACAAGAGGAGGUUCUGAAGCAGCACCACCCAACAUUAGCAAUUGAAGGUAUCAUACAACUGGAUUUACCACCCAGCUGACUUCAAUUCCUGGCAUGGAUGAGAUUCUGAUGCCUGGUGAACCCUGGGGGAUCUGAACUAGGUGGGUGGGAAUAGUACAAAUGGCAUUCUCUGCUAUUUUGUGGUGCUCUCAGGAUGUGC